AUGCCACAAACCAAAGAACAGCGAAGAGCACAACAGCGUUUAUGUAAAAAAAGACGCUAUAACCAAAUAAAAAAUGAUCCGGAGCUGCUAGCAAUUGAAAAAGAAAAACGAAAAAUGCAAUAUCUUAAGAGAAAAGAAGAGAAAAAAGUUCUCCAAAUUAAAGAUAAAACGCCUCGCUUUCAAAGAGAACAACGGAAAAGAUGGAAAGAAAACUCUAGAAGAUAUAGAAAGAAAAAUAAAGAAGGAAACAAUAAUGAAAUAAAACUGGAGACUAUUCAGAUCGAAGAAGUCUCGGCCUUAGGAGCUACUGAAGAACCUGAUAAAAAUAUUGAAGAACAGGAUCCUCUAAAACACGGCUCUGAAUGUCCGGCUGUUAAACGUGCUGUUAGAGCAAUCCGAUACAAGGAACUUAAGAAAAGAAAAAUACUACUAUCUUUCAUAAAUGCAUUAAAAAAGAAAAACGAGUCACAACUUAAAACAAUAAGAAAACAACAGAAAAAACUACAAUUUAUCUCUUUGAAGUCAUCGAGUACAGAUAUAUUAAAACAACAAAAACUCAACGAUAAAUCAACUAUAAUACCAAAUCAUUUAUCUUUGUGUCAAGCAAACCGUCGAUCUAAAAUUAAUAAAAUCAUUUCGUUUUAUUGCGAGGAUUCUAAUAGGGAGAGGGGGGCAGUU